CAUGAUCGAACAUACUUCCCGCAUUCCAACCCCAUCGACCCGCAUUCCCUGCUCCCUCAACUCCAGGCUCGAUGGGCGGCUGCGCGAGCAACCCGAAGGCUCAGGAUGGCCCCAACCCUGAGGCCUCUCCAGCAGACAACCCAGCUGCCCCCGAGCAGACCGUGAGAUCGGUCGACGGCGAUGCUCCUGCCGAGGCCGAGGCCGGGAAUGUCGAGGAGAGCAAGGAGGAACCGUUGGUUGAUCUCUCCGAGCCCAAACCAGAGGAAUCCGCUGCUGCUGCAGGCGAGGAGCUGGCUCCCGGGAUCAGCGAGCUGAAGGCGGAGGCGCCUGUUGAGUCUGCAGAGCCGAAGGAAGAGGAAGAGGCUGCCGACGACGACGAGGUCGCCGAGAAGGCUGAAGAGGCCGUUGCCGAAAAGACCGAGGAGGAGGAAGCCGCGGAGCACCCGUUGGAGAGCUCACAUUGAAGGGAGGAACUGUGAUAUGUAUUCAGGAAUUAUUCAAUAAUGUUGUGAUUUGAGAAAAGAGGAAUGAGAACCUGAAUCGUCUUAUCUUUUCAUCAUUGAAUUCUAAUUGUGGGGUAUGUUCGAUAUAUCGAGUUGAUUUAAUCUUAUAUAUAAGAUUUAAUCUA